CCCAAGUACACCGUAGGCAAAAGGCUCCGUUCAGCCUCAAGGACUUCAUCUCUAACAAGGAUCUUCCCUUCAUACUAAAUCAUUCACGCUUCAAGUGAUAAAUCGAAGAGACUUUUACAUCUUGACCAUCCCCUGAUGUCUCCUAGAACAAUAAAUCCAUAGGUUUAUAUAGAAAUACCUAAACGAUAAUGAAUUCAACAAUAUGCAGUCAUUGCCGCACGGCACUUCGCCAAUCACGUCGAGCUCUACGAAUGCUCCAACCACGCACAACAUCAACCGGCAGCGUUAGGAAGAGCUCAAGCUCAGCUCCCAAUACGACCCAAGACCUCGAGAACAUCCUCUCAAAACCAAGUUGGUCCGUCCGCUCCCUCUUGCCCUCUUCGGCCUCGUCGGAAUCUACGACUGGCUCCCCAACGAUCACCCCACAGACCCUACAACAUCUACUCCGGCUCUCCGCUCUCCCGCCCCCUAAAUCCACCGGAGAGGAAUCAAGAAUGCUCGCAACCCUCGAAUCACAACUCCAAUUCGUACGUGCAAUUCGCAAAGUCGACACUACCGGUAUAGAACCAUUGCGCGCCAUCCGCGACGAAACGGCACAGGGUAUGCGUGAACAAACCAUCGGCCUAGACCAACUCAAGGAAGCCCUUGCGGGGGAGGACGUCGUUGGGCAUGCACGGCGCCCCCGACGACGGCGGGCGGGGAAAACUAAAGGAAAUGGACAAAAGGUGGAAGAAAAUACUGAUUCUUCGGUAGAGGGUUGGGAUGUUCUUGGUGGUGCUAGUGAAACGGUAGGACGAUACUUUGUCGUGCGGACGGGAUCGACGGAUCCAACCCAAGCAGGAUAGUGAAGUCACGGCUGGAAACACGAAAAAAGACUUAAAAAGUAAUAUACGUAACAGUAUGCAUUCUGGUAUGUGAAUCGGGUAUGUGAAUCAAGUAAGUACAAACGUCCAAGCUAUACUAACUUCAUCCAUUCGUAUGCUCCCUAACCAGGAAUGCUAUCGCGAGCUUCCAGGGGGUGGAUAUGUUCCAGAAGAGAAUUCCAUAGCCUGCAAACUCCUCGUUCCUAAACCAUAGAAAAAAACCCUAUGAUAUAGAACCAACUCCCCAUAACCGCCGCCUCAAACAAGAAAUACCGGGUAUCGUAUCCGUUGCGGAGAAUCCUAGAAGAGAAAUUGCCGCCUUGCCAGACGUCAACGUUACUUUUUGU